ACAACAGACAACAGCGCCCCCUGGCUACAUGCAUGAGUCCUGCAUCACGCUUGGAAUAAAAGCUCCAUCAUCCUCCUGCGAUACGAGCAUCGUUUUGGUGGAGCUAGGACAUCCUCCCAGCCCUUCGACACUCAUGACUGCCGAAUAGGGUCGCUCUCUAACGGACAAACCAGAGGGAUAUAAAGACAGUAUUAUGGCCAAACACCGUAAAGACAGAGACAGCUGGGGUGAGUGGUCCCUCAGUGAUAAAAAUGUCUACGACUGGAGCUCAGAGGAGGAGGAGCCGGAUGGACGGGCCCGGCCCGUGCAGGUGCUGCUGGUCAAAGACGACCACACCUUCGAGCUGGACGAGGCGGCGCUGAGCCGCAUCCUGCUGGCGGAGGAGGUCAGAGACCGAGAGGUGGUGGCCAUCUCUGUGGCCGGAGCUUUCCGCAAGGGCAAGUCCUUCCUCAUGGACUUCAUGCUGCGUUACAUGUACAACCACGCAUCUGAAGGCUGGCUCGGAGAAGCAGACGAGCCUCUGACGGGCUUCUCCUGGAGGGGGGGCUCAGAGAGGGAGACCACCGGGAUCCAGAUCUGGAGUGAGGUCUUCCUGGUGGACAAGCCAGAUGGAAAAAAGGUCGCUGUAUUGCUAAUGGACACACAAGGCACGUUUGACAGCCAGUCGACGCUGAGGGAUUCAGCCACUGUGUUUGCAUUGAGCACAAUGAUAAGCUCCAUGCAGGUUUACAACAUCUCACAGAAUGUACAAGAGGACGACCUGCAGCACUUACAGCUUUUCACUGAGUACGGCAGACUAGCUAUGGAAGAGACUUUCCUCAAACCCUUCCAGUCCAUGAUUUUCCUCGUUCGAGACUGGAGUUUUCCAUAUGAGUUUCCCUACGGACAGGAGGGAGGCAUGAAGUUCCUUGAGAAGAGACUUAAGAUCUCAGAGAACCAGCAUGAAGAGCUGCAGAACGUGCGUAAACACAUCCACUCCUGCUUCACCAACAUCUCCUGUUUCCUGAUGCCUCACCCCGGCCUCAAAGUGGCCACCAACCCACACUUUGAUGGAAGAAUUAUAGAGAUCGACGGCGAGUUCAUCAACAACCUGAAGGUUCUGGUCCCGUGGCUUCUCAGUCCUCGUAACAUCGACGUGAAGGAGAUCAACGGCAGCGAAAUCACCUGCAGAGGCCUGUUGGAGUACUUCAAGGCAUACAUCAAAAUUUACCAAGGUGAGGAGCUGCCACAUCCAAAGUCCAUGCUGCAGGCCACAGCAGAGGCGAAUAAUUUGGCAGCAGUAGCAGCCGCAAAGGACCUGUACAACAAGAAAAUGGAGACGGUCUGUGGGGGUGACCGGCCCUUCCUUGCCCCCAGCGAGCUGCAGACCCGACACAGCCUCAUCAGGGAGGAGGCCCUACAGGUGUUUCGGGGCGUGAAGAAGAUGGGAGGCGAGGAGUUCAGCCGCCGCUACCUGCAGCAGCUGGAGGGAGAAAUCGACGAGGUGUUUGUCCAGUACAUCAAGCACAAUGACUCCAAGAACAUUUUCCACGCAGCCCGGACGCCGGCCACCCUGUUUGUGGUCAUCUUUGUCAUGUACGUGGCUGCGGGCAUCACAGGCUUUGUGGGCGUGGACGUCAUUGCCAGCUUGUGUAACAUGAUCCUGGGUCUGGCAUUGAUCACUCUCUGCACCUGGGCCUACAUCCGCUACUCCGGGGAAUACCGAGAACUGGGCGCCGUCAUCGACCAGGUGGCCGGUGCACUGUGGGACCAGGGAAGCACAAAUGAGGCUCUCUACAAGCUGUACAAUGUAGCGGCCAAUCACAGGCACCUGUACCACCACGCCUUCCCCGGCGGGCCUCAGGUGGACAAGGAUGCAGAGGAGCAGGACAAGAAGAGGGACUAAUUAGAUAAGACAGAAUAUAGCAGGGACUUAAUGGUGAGGAAGAGGAGGAGGAACAUCCUCACCCAUCAGGCACUCCUUUAUUCUGCUAUUGGCUGGUGCUGCCCACCAGUACAUCCACUACUUUAAACCUUAUAACGGACUGUAUAAUGUUCAUGUAUAGGCAGUGUCAGAGCAUCCUCUCAGUAGGUGCCUGUUUUCAAAGGAUGGAUGCCGUUUAUUUCAUUGUCUCACUUUCAACUGUACAGAUACUGCAGGCUCUCCUUGAGGAGACCUCGGCAUAUCCAACCUCCAGUCAGCUGUUGAUUUCACAUCAGACGGGUUCCCCCCCCCCAUCAUUUAAUUGUCACGACGAUGAUUUUCAAAGUAUAGCCAAAUCUGUGAAAUCCCCAUUUGUGACGGUUGUUCUGUUCUUUGAAGCUUAGUGGCGUUUAUAAGAAACAAUAUCUAUGAUCUGCUAUGUUUUGAAAGCCAAAAUAUGUACUGAUUGUUUAAUAAUGAAGCGUUACAAGCACCAUCAGCAUGGUAAGUGGUUAAUGUUUGUCAUCUUUAAGCUCUUAAACCAGGUCUACUUUAUAAAAGCAUUGAGUUUUAAUGGUUGUGACAAAGUGGUAUUGUGCCAUAACAUGUAAAAAUGAUUUCACAUCUACUGCAGCCUGCCUCCUGCUAAAUGCACACACUCAAUGGCACAUUUGAUUAGUUGUAUGCAGUUUUUGUUUUGUAGGUGGAUUUCUGCAUCAGGGAGUUGCUUUGUGCCGACACGUACUGUACUUUGAAAUACACUGGGUGAAAAAACAAAAACCGAAUAGUUCAAAGUUUACACAACACAGCUGACAUUAUCUCUCACUUUGUAGUCUGCUUGCAGUUUCGUAAUUAUGCAGUGAUCCUCUAUACGUGCGUUUGGUCUUUGAGGUUGAGGGGAAAGAGCGUGUUUGGUUUCCAUUGUGAUGUAGAGGUGGUGGGUGAAACCAUUGUUGUGUUUCUCACUGAAUGUUCGAGCAAAUCCGAGGAAUGUAGCUAUUCUGUGGCCACUGAGGAAUCAAAGCUAGUUGUUAUUAGGCGGGGCGACAGGCCCGCUUUGGAAAAAGGAUCCUCAUUCCACAUCUCUUGUAUCAUCUUCACAGACUUAACUUGAAUCAUCUGUGAAAAACUGUUGCACGGUGAAAGAAGCCAGGCCCCCCCGACUUUUUUUGGGUUUCCAAAACAGCUUGCAUUUGUAAACAAAAGGCUUGUAUCAGUGACAGGACUUUCUGGUGUUUGAAUACGUUGGCUUUGUAGACUGUUACUGUACAUUUUGUGUAACUGUGGUUAUUGUUUUUUAGCUCACUGAAUAGCCCAGAAUCAUAGCGCUCACUGUAAAAACGUCUGCAUCACAUAUAGCUGCAGCAUUGAAAUGUUUUUUUUCUUUUUUCUGGUCACCAACAGUGCAGGAACACUGUCAUGCAUAUUUAGCAAGUUUAUACUGAGGUUUGACCUCAAGGGUUGGAAAUUUAAAGGCACUGCAAGAGAGUGGCUUCUAGAGUCUUCCACAAUAUAUAAUCAACAUCAGUGAGGCCUUCACGCAAAGAACGAUCUAAGUCCAGUUUAAGAUUCGUGAGGUUUUGAAAUCCACUUUCUUCAUGGCUGUGUUGGAGUGUCCAUUCAUAAGUCAGAAAAGUAGCAUUUGUUUACAUUGUGUUUACACUCCAAAUGAAAUGGUAAUUGAAGAUUGUAUCUGUUAAGAAAAAAGAAAAUGUAACACAACCUAUUAUUCUUGGAUUUAACAAUUCAUUCCUGAAGCCGCCCCCAUCGACUCUUAAAUCAUCUUCAGGAUAUGGUGGGAGCCUCAGUGUACUGAAAGGUCAAAUGAAUCAACCUCUUCCAAGUCAACACUGCUAAGUUUCCGCACACGCAUUGCAAUUUCACUUACAAGGAAAGAACUAAUAAAGUUGGACCAAAUGAAUGAAAA